AACAAGUCUUAACCUGUCAGAACCUGUCCGUAGAAAUUUCUAGAUUAUGGGUAUUCCGGAAUCGAGUUGAAUCGUGUUCAAAAAUUCAUUGAUAUAAGUGGACGUUAUCUUUAAAACCUUUCAUUCGGUACGAUUCGUUCAGUAAUAAAGUAAAAGGAUUAAAACGUUUUUGCGUUCUUGUUAUUGGUGUCCUCUAUUGAUACGAUCUCGAAACGUGAGUACGCGAAAUUGGUCUUUAUGUAGAAGGCCUCUAUGCUUCGAGAAUAUAACGGUUGCGUAAGAUAGCACUAGGAACAGUUUUAUACGAUACUUCAACGAGUCGACUUGUUUGCAAGUGUUAUUCAUCUUUUUUUCCUACUUCGCAGGAGAAACAAGUAACUUAACUAGAGAAGUGCAAUCAUAUUUUCAAAUUUAAAGCAUCCGGAUAGGGCCUGCUCCUGUUUUUUGCAAAUCAGUACGAAGUAUGGAAAACUGACUGACCGUCGAAGGAAAUAAAUAAACGCUGUUUGUAGCCGAGAUGAGUCGUAAGGGCAAAAGACGGAGCCGGCCCGUGCCGGAUGCUAACGUAAAGCAAAUCGCCGCCGAGUUGCAAAAAGCUCUCGGUUUAGAAGAGAAACACUCUAUAGAUUUGCAAGCCUUGGAUGGAGGCGCGAUUGCCGCGCGAGAAAUCGCAGUUCGCAAUCUCCGGUUCCUCAAAUUCUAUUUGGGCCUCCCAUCCGAGGCUUUCUUUACGGCCGUGACUCUGCUCGACCGAUUCUUGAGCAAGAUGAAUGUCCAGGAAAAGUACCUGUCUUGCGUUUCCAUCAGUUGUCUCUACAUCUCGUGCGAAAUUCACAAGCAACCCGCUGACCCAAAUAUUUUUAUCAGCGUCUCGCAAACGAAGUGUUCGAUCAACGAUAUGGAACGAAUGUGUGAUAUUAUACGGAAAAAAUUGGACAUCGAGCCCCGAGCCCAACCUGUCACCAUUUACAGCUAUUUGAAUCUCUUCUUGCGUAUUUUUGAAUGUGCUGCUACAAAGUUAAACGUCAAACCACUGUCAUCUAGAAUGUUACAGAAAAAGAUAUUAUCAAGACGUCUUGAAGUGGUUAUGAUAAACCAUGUUUGUGCAUCAGUUCGUUACCCACUGAUUGCAUUAGCUUUGAUACAAUACGAAAUUGAACAAUUUCUGGCCGCAGAAGUUCCUUCAAAAUCACCUUAUUACUCUAUUGAAAUUUUACGUUUUUUAACAGUUAUAGUGGAUCUGCAGAGUGUAUGCAUGGUUAAUGCAGGGGAACUUUAUACCUGUUAUAACAACGUAAAGCACGUCUUGAAACAUUACGAUGAUUACAAGAAGUCGGAAACAAAACAGAAGAUGCGGUGGCAAUUCUCUCUGAGCACCUUGUUAGGCCCGCGACCAUUGGAUUCGUUCAGUACUAAUUUAUCGAGGAUUAGUGAAGUGGCCUGAAUCGGCGACUCGAAACUUCGACGUGAUACAAAAGAAAAAAUACAAAAAAAAGUCAAUCUCUUAAAAAAAUAUCCAAAAAAAAAGUAUAUAUACAUAUAUUAUUUUUUGAUGUUUUAAAUUAUUAUAUAUAAUCGGACUUAACCUUUUUUAGUAGUCUAUGUUAUAUAUAAUAAUAAGAAUAAUAAUAAAAUAGUCCGUAAGCGUUUAAGUGUUAGGUAUUUAUUGGAUGAAAAUUUGUCGAGUCUUAUUGAAACUGUAUUUUACAUUUUUUUGUGUAGUUGUAUUAUGAUUUUUAAUCAAUUUUUUUUGUUCUCAAAAAAUAAUGUUAUUUACAAACGUUCGAAGAAAGGUGCUUGAAUGGUUUGCAUUUAUACGAAACAAUUAAGAAUUUGUCAUUUUUAUCCUUUCAAAUUUAUAAACAUAUUUAUGGAAAAAUUUGCUACUAGUCAUUGUCUGUUACCAACGUUUAUUAAUUUUUGUUCCAUUUGACGAUGGUGACGGUAGUCUCUGUGUAGGAACAUUGUAUUUAUCCUCUAUUCCAACGUUUCCUUUGUAACAUGCCAUUUCUCAAAUAUAUCUUUUGCACAGAAA